AUGGGAAAAUAUAACGAAGCUUUAGAAAUUUAUUAUUCUGUUGAUAAAAUAAAAACUGAAACUUUAGGUAUCAACCAUCCGUCAACAAUGGAUACAAAAGAUAAUAUCGCAACCUGCUUGAGCAAAAUGGGAAAAUAUAACGAAGCUUUAGAAAUUUAUUAUUCUGUUGAUAAAAUACAAACUGAAACUUUAGGUAACAACCAUCCGUCAACAAUUGGUACAAAAAAUAAUAUCGCAACCUGCUUGAGCAAAAUGGGAAAAUAUAACGAAGCUUUAGUAAUUUAUUAUUCUGUUGAUAAAAUACAAACUGAAACUUUAGGUAUCAACCAUCCGUCAACAAUGGAUACAAAAAAUAAUAUCGCAAACUGUUUGCUGUAUAUGGGAAAAUGUAACGAAGCUUUAGAAAUUUAUUAUUCUGUUGAUAAAAUAAAAACUGAAACUUUAGGUAACAACCAUCCGUCAACAAUUGGUACAAAAAAUAAUAUCGCAAACUGUUUGAGCAAAAUGGGAAAAUAUAACGAAGCUUUAGAAAUUUUAUAUUCUGUUGAUAAAAUAACAACUGAAACUUUAGGUAUCAACCAUCCGUUAACUAUGUUAACAAAAAAUAAUAUCGCAAACUGUUUGAGAGAUAUGGGAAAAUAUAACGAAGCUUUAGAAAUUUAUUAUUCUGUUGAUAAAAUACAAACUGAAACUUUAGAUAUCAACCAUCCGUCAGUAUUUAUGACAAAACUCAGUAUUGCACUCUGUUUGAUUAGUAGAAAGGAAGAUGGAAGUUGUUUUUGACGUUGAUUAUUUUUUUUUUAGUUUUGAUUAUACUUGAAUAUAUUAUUGACAGUUUAUUUAUUACCAACAAUUUAAAUGAAAUUCUUCUUAGUUUAUUAAGUAUUAUAUAAUGUUUUACACUAAAUCUGUUAAUUUUAAUUAGAAAUAAAUAAUUAAAAGUAAUAAUCUUAAUUCGUCACAUC